GAUGGAGAUUUUAUUAUUGGGGGAUCGUUCUCCCUUCAUGCCUACAUGGAUACAUUUUAUAACAACUACUCUAGCAUACCGAAGCCUGUGAAAUGCAAAGGGAGCAUUGACACCCGUGGGCUGCACUUCUCACGUGCAAUGAUCUUUGCCAUAGAAGAGAUUAAUAACAACACAGACCUGCUACCUGGAAUCAAGCUUGGAUACCAGAUCUAUGAUUCAUGUGCAUUAGUGCCUGUUGCAGUGCAUGUGGCAUUUCAGUUUUUAAAUAGCUUCGACCCUGUGUUUUCCACUGGUAACAAUUGUUCUCAGUCUGGUAUGGUGAUGGCUGUUGUCGGGGACUCUGGGUCUACACCAUCCAUCAGCAUUUCACGUCUCAUAAGUCCCUUUAACAUUCCUCAAGUUAGCCACUUUGCCACAUGUGCUUGCUUGUCUGACAAGCAGCAGUACCCAAAUUUCUUCAGAACAAUUCCCAGUGACCAGUUUCAAGCUGAAUCACUAGCCAAGCUGGUAAAACACUUUGGCUGGAAUUGGAUAGGUGCUGUUCGGUCGGAUUCGGAUUAUGGAAAUAAUGGCAUGGCUUCUUUUCUCCAAGCAGCACAGAAAGAGGGGAUCUGUGUGGAAUACUCUGUAUCUUUCUAUCGGACAGACCCACAGAGCAGAAUUCAGAGAGUAGCAGAUGUUAUCCGCAGGUCUAAAGCUUUAGUUGUUGUGGCAUUUGCAUCUUUUGGAGACAUGAAGAUCUUGUUGGAGGAGCUUUCACGUGAGCCUUUCCCAACUCGCCAGUGGAUAGGCAGUGAGUCAUGGGUAACCAACACAGAAUUAACGAGGUACAGUUUCUGUGCUGGGGCCAUUGGAUUUGGUAUUCCGAAGUCUGCAAUCCCAGGUCUCAGAGAAUUCCUGCUGAAUCUCUCUUUCUCUGAAGUGGCUGCUUCGUCAGUGCUCACUGAGUUUUGGGAGGAUGCAUUCAACUGUAGACUGAAAAAAAGUACGAAACAAAAAGUGGACAGUAAGAAAAUGUGUGAUGGAAAUGAAGACAUACAGAAUCUCCAAAGCGAGUACACUGACACAUCUCAGCUCAGAAUUGCUAACAUGGUGUAUAAGGCUGUGUAUGCAAUAGCACAUGCCAUCCAUAAUGCAGUGUGUCAAAAAACAAAUGCCAUAGCAAAAUGUGACAAACUAAUCAAGUUACAGUCCAAUCGGAUUUUAACUGAGCUGAAGAAAGUAAAUUUUUCCCAAAAUGGAUAUGAUGUGUCAUUUAAUACUAAUGGGGAUCCUGUGGCUAUUUAUGAUUUGGUUAACUGGCAGAAAAGUGGGAGUGGCAUAAUUGAGAUAGUAACUGUAGGGCUGUAUGAUGCCUCACUACGAGUGGGCCACGAGUUUAAGAUUAACAGAAACAUAACCUGGAUGGAGGAUAGCAGAAAAGUGCCAGUGUCAGUCUGUACUAACAGUUGUCCUCCAGGAACUCGUAAAAUGCUGCAAAAAGGAAAACCUUUCUGCUGCUAUGACUGUAUAGCAUGUCCUGAGGGAGAGAUCAGUAAUAUAACAGAUUCAGCUGACUGUUUACCCUGCCACAAAGAGUUCUGGCCUAACUCAAAAAGAGACACCUGUAUCCCUAAGCCUGUAGAGUUUCUUUCAUUUCAAGACAUCCUAGGAAUCAUCCUGGCCACAUUCUCAGUUCUGGGUGCCUGACUGGCCAUCAUAACCGCAGCUGUAUUCUUUUAUCACAGGACAUCUCCAAUUGUCCGAGCCAACAAUUCUGAGCUGAGCUUCCUGUUGCUCAUCUCACUGACUCUGUGUUUCUUAUGUUCAUUAACUUUCAUUGGCGCACCAUCAGAGUGGUCCUGCAUGUUGCGUCACACUGCGUUUGGCAUAACCUUUGUACUCUGUAUCUCCUGUGUACUUGGGAAAACUAUAGUGGUUUUAAUGGCUUUUAAAGCGACACUUCCAGGUAGCAAUGUCAUGAAAUGGUUUGGUCCUCCACAGCAAAGAAUGACUGUUGUGUCUUUCACCAUUAUUCAAGUUUUAAUAUGUACUGUAUGGUUGGUAGUGAGCCCUCCGUUCCCAAUUAAAAAUCUAACCACAUACAGGGAGAAAAUCAUCCUGGAAUGUGCAUUAGGCUCUCCUGUUGGCUUCUGGGCUGUGCUUGGUUACAUAGGUCUGCUUGCUUCCUUUUGCUUCCUUUUAGCUGUCUUAGCUCGCAAAAUACCUGAUAAUUUCAAUGAAGCCAAGCUUAUCACUUUCAGCAUGCUGAUAUUCUGUGCAGUGUGGAUCACCUUUAUCCCAGCAUAUGUCAGCUCUCCUGGGAAAUUUACAGUGGUUGUGGAGAUUUUUGCCAUUCUGGCCUCCAGCUUUGGGCUAAUAAUAUUUAUAUUUGCUCCAAAGUGUUUUAUCAUAUUGUUUAAGCCUGCAAAGAACACUAAGAAAUAUUUAAUGAACAAAAAUCAGUCAUAG